AUGACCUCACCUCCACCAUGGAGAUCAACAGCGGGGGUGUUCAGCGGUCUCUACAAAACGGCAGUCUCGGCCUCCGAAAAUACCAUCCGGCCAUCCCCACUGCAGGGCAUCCAGCACCAGGAAUCCUCUGUCUUUGUGGGCCAGUGUCUGAGGGACAAGAACGGAGAGGAGCAGCUGGAGACAACCUGGCUGCUGCGUGCAGAGGUGGAAUCCGCAGCAGAGGAUUGGGGGGCGACCAGGGUUCACUCCAGCACCUUCUACAGCAGCGAGUGA